ACUUUGGCCAGCGAUCAGACGUCAGACAUGAUUAAUCGCUCAUUGCUCUUGUGAGUCAGUGAUGAUCAGACAUCAACAAUUGCACAUGACGACAUCGAACGCAUGAACAUGGCGGAUCCGAGUACAAAGCAAAGCGCCCAAAAAAGUGUGAAGAUCGCAGCGGGCGCUGUGGUGUGUGUGGAGAGUGAGAUCAGAGGAGAUGUCACCAUCGGACCAAGAACUGUUGUUCACCCGAAAGCUCGGAUCAUUGCGGAGGCUGGACCCAUCGUGAUCGGGGAGGGAAACCUAAUCGAAGAGCAAGCUUUGAUCAUUAACAGCUAUCCUGAGAACAUUCUGCCCGACAGUGACUGUGUGGAACCCAAAGUCAUGACCGUUGGCAUCAACAACGUCUUUGAAGUUGGCUGUGUAUCUCAGGCUUUGAAAAUUGGGGAUAACAAUGUUAUCGAAUCAAAAGCUGAAGUGGGCAGGAACGUGAUGCUGACCAGCGGCUGUAUCGUGGGUGCAUGCUGUCAGGUGAACACAUGUGAAGUGAUUCCAGAGAACACAGUGAUCUAUGGCUCCGAGUGUCUGAGACGCGUGCAGACUGAAAGGCCGCAGCCUCAGACGCUGCAGCUGGAUUUCCUCAUGAAGAUUUUACCCAAUUAUCACCAUCUUAAGAAAACUGUGAAGGGAAAUUCCACUCCUGCCAGAAGUUGAGAGCAAAUACAUGUACAUCUAUACAUCUAAUGAUUGAGCUUAUAGCUGCUUUUCCUUGCAUUUCUUUGUUUUUUAUUUGUUUGUUUUGGUCUUGCAGUUUGGCUCGUAACUUAUUUAUGACUAAAAUCAUUUCAGAUCUCUAAUCUGCAACAUGUUUUGUAUCUCAUGUUAAAUCUUCCAGCUAAACGUUUCUCCCACAAUAUAAUAAAUAUGUUAAAAACAUAAA